AUGGAUCGCCAGUCGGUCUUCUCGACCCACGUCUUCGCCGCCAAUUUCAACGAGAGUACUGAAGACACCCCUCUCCAGAUCCAGGCACAGCUCGAAAAUUUCAUCCUCAACUUCAGACUCGACAACCGGUUCAUAUACAGAGAUCAAUUGCGCGAGAAUGCCCUAUUGAAGCGGUACUACUGCGACGUCGACAUCAAUGACCUCAUCAACUACAAUGAAGAGCUUGCGCACAAGCUCACCAAUGAACCGGGCGAUAUUAUUCCUCUGUUCGAGGCGGCGCUUAAGAAGUGCUCGAUGCGCAUCAUCUUCCCCCUCGAGGGCAAGGUUGAGCUUCCCGAACAUCAACUCCUCCUUCACUCCGACGCAGACAAUACCUCAAUUCGAAAUCUCGACUCUAUGACCAUCUCGAGGCUAGUCAGAGUACCAGGAAUCGUCAUCGGCGCAUCUGUCAUGUCCUCCAAGGCAACCCUUAUCGUCGCCCAGUGCCGGACUUGCCAACACUCGCAAACAAUACCAGUCCUCGGCGGCUUUACCGGUGUGACUCUACCGAGACUUUGCGAGAGAAAACGCGUUCCAAACGACCCAACCCCUAAAUGCCCCAUGGACCCUUACUUCGUCAUCCACGAGCGGUCUCAAUUCGUCGAUCAGCAAAUUAUCAAACUCCAGGAGGCCCCCGACCAAGUCCCCGUGGGAGAGCUCCCCAGACACGUCCUCAUCUCCGCCGACAGGUACCUUACCAACCGCGUCGUACCUGGCUCCCGCUGCACCAUCACUGGCAUCUUCUCGAUCUACCAGAACAAGGGAUCCAAGACCAACGCGACCAGUGGCGCCGUCGCCAUUCGGACACCAUACCUUAGGGCAGUCGGCAUCCAGACCGAUCUCGAUCAGACUGCCAAGGGAAGCGCUGUGUUUUCCGAGGAGGAGGAACAGGAAUUCUUGGAGCUCAGCCGGCGGAAGGAUAUCUACGAAGUUCUCACGGACUGCAUUGCGCCGUCGAUCUAUGGAAACCGGGACAUCAAGAAGGCCAUCCUAUGCCUUCUCAUGGGUGGCUCGAAGAAGAUUUUGCCAGAUGGCAUGAAGCUCAGAGGCGACAUCAACGUUCUUCUCCUCGGUGACCCCGGUACAGCAAAGUCCCAACUCCUCAAGUUCGUCGAGCGGGUGGCGCCCAUUUCCAUCUACACGUCCGGCAAGGGUUCGUCAGCGGCCGGUUUGACGGCUUCCGUCCAGCGUGACCAAUCCACGCGAGAAUUCUAUCUCGAAGGCGGAGCCAUGGUUCUCGCUGACGGCGGAGUCGUCUGUAUCGACGAGUUCGACAAGAUGCGAGACGAAGAUCGUGUGGCCAUCCACGAGGCUAUGGAACAACAGACCAUUUCCAUCGCGAAGGCUGGUAUCACGACUAUUCUCAACGCGAGGACGUCGGUGCUCGCGGCGGCUAAUCCAAUUUUCGGCCGGUACGACGACAUGAAGUCUCCUGGAGAGAAUAUCGAUUUCCAGACGACGAUCUUGUCUCGUUUUGAUAUGAUCUUUAUCGUCAAGGAUGAGCACACACGAGCGAGGGACGAGAAGAUUGCCAAGCACGUCAUGGGUAUUCAGAUGGGCGGCCAGCGCGUCGAAGAGACUGCUGAAGCGGAGAUUCCUGUUGACAAGAUGAAGCGCUACGUGAGCUACUGCAAGUCACGUUGUGCACCUCGUCUCAGCGCCGAAGCCGCCGAGAAGCUCUCAUCCCACUUCGUCUCCAUCCGGCGCCAAGUCAAGUCCGCCGAAAAAGAAACCAACCUCCGCUCCUCCAUCCCCAUCACCGUCCGUCAGCUCGAAGCCAUCGUGCGCAUCACCGAAGCCCUCGCCAAACUCACCCUCUCCCCCAUCGCGACAGAAGCCCACGUCGACGAAGCCAUCCGGCUCUUCCUCUGCUCGACCAUGGACGCCGUCAACCAGGGCAGCAACCAGGGCAGCAAGGAGCUCAAUGAGGAGGUGCACAGGCUCGAGGGGGAGCUGAAGAGGAGGUUGCCGAUCGGGUGGAGCACGAGCUUGGCGACGCUGAGGAGGGAGAUGGUGGAGGGGAAGGGGUUUAGUGAGCAGGCGCUUAAUAGGACAUUGUUGAUUAUGCAGAGGAAGGAUACGAUUAUGUUUAGGAAUCAGGGGCAACAGGUUUAUAGGAAUGCUGUCUAG